GCGCACCAGACUGGCAUGCGCAAAGUGAGGACGACCGCUUUAAUAUUUUAUCUACAGUUGGCAAUGGCUGGACAGUCUACCAUCAACGGGAUUACCUUAUCUCCCGUAACUCGCCAUCCAUCAUUAUAGCCACAAAAAUUUUGGAAAAAUAACAUUUUAAUACUCAAGUGUAAUUAUGGACUCCGUUUCUGCACCCCACGUUUGCCGUGCUCUUGCAGUUCCAUGACUGGCGGGGAUUGGACACGUAGCCCCACUCAGACGCGCUGUGACAGAAACAAGUCUCCUCAUCUGGGAAGACUCAACAACCCUCGCCUAGUAACGAGAUUUGAAGCCUCCCCCUUUAUCAAACUAACGGGAUCGUCGGAUACCAAUGACUUAAAAUGACACCUUAAGUUACCCUCUUCUUACGCGCUGGUGUGUGCUGUCUCUGGUAUUAUUUUUCCUUUUCACAGUGGGAGCGAAAGAGCGGGGAAACAGGAAACUCGUCCAUCUCCAAGUUUUUCGGAUCUCAGGGGCGCAGUGGAGGGAGCGAGCGGCGAUGGCAGCCCGGAUGACAGCAGCGUUCGCUCUCCUGGUUCUCACGGUGGCAACUGCCUUGGGUGCGGAGAUAGAGGAGCGACUGGUGACCUACCUGCUGUCUCCAGAGCGCUACAACAAACUGAUUAGACCUGCUGUCAACAAGAGCCAACAGGUCACCAUCCAUAUACAGGUGUCCCUGGCCCAGCUCAUUAGUGUGAAUGAGAGAGAACAGAUCAUGACCACCAACUGCUGGCUGACUCAGGUAUGGAAUGACUACAGGUUGAUGUGGGACCCAGAGGAGUAUGAGGGCAUUAAGAAGGUCCGCCUCCCGUCUCAACACAUCUGGCUGCCUGACAUCGUCCUCUACAACAAUGCGGAUGGGAACUAUGAGGUCUCAUUCUACUCCAACACGGUGGUCUCCAACAAUGGAGAGGUGAACUGGCUGCCCCCCGCCAUCUACAAGUCGGCCUGCAAGAUCGAGGUCCGCGACUUCCCCUUCGACCAGCAGAACUGCACACUCAAGUUCCGAUCCUGGACCUACGACCACACGGAGAUCGACCUGAUCCUGCUCAGCGACUUCGCCAGCCGUGACGACUUCAAGCCCAGCGGCGAGUGGGACAUCGUGUCUCUGCCAGGACGGAAGAACGAAGACCCCUCUGACAUCACCUACCUGGACAUCACCUAUGACUUCAUCAUCAAGCGCAAGCCACUGUUCUACACCAUCAACCUCAUCAUUCCCUGUGUCCUCAUCACCUCUCUGGCCAUCCUGGUGUUCUACCUGCCCUCUGACUGUGGAGAGAAGAUGACUCUCUGUAUAUCAGUCCUCCUGGCCCUGACUGUGUUCCUGCUGCUGAUCUCCAAGAUCGUCCCACCUACGUCUCUAGCUGUCCCUCUCAUAGGGAAGUAUCUGAUGUUUGCCAUGGUGCUGGUCACCUUCUCCAUCGUCACCAGUGUCUGUGUGCUCAACGUGCACCAUCGCACGCCCUCCACACACACCAUGCCCCCCUGGGUCAAACGUCUCUUCCUGCACCGCCUCCCCUCCUUCCUGUUCAUGCGUCGGCCGGCCAGCUCCAACAUCCGUGAGAGGUUCCGCCAGAAGCACCAGCGGCCCUCCUACUCCGACCUGAAGCUGAGAGACGGGGCAGUGGCAGUGGCCCCGGCCGCGGGGGGAAUGGGGGUGGCAGAGGAGUCUGGAAUAGGCAGGGCCGACUCCUUCUAUGUGAAUGAGGAGUCGGCCAAGCGGUACGGCUGGAAGAUCAGCGACCUGUCGGAGAACACAGAGUUCAGAAAGAGGAUGACAGUGAAGUGUCACGCAGACGUUGAGGAGGCUGUGGACGGGGUGCGCUAUGUCGCCGAGAAGAUGAAGAGUGAGGACAACGAUGAGGGGGUCAUCGAGGACUGGAAGUAUGUUGCCAUGGUGAUUGACCGGCUCUUCCUGUGGAUAUUUGUGUUUGUGUGCAUUACUGGGACUUUGGGGCUGUUCAUGCAGCCCCUCUUCCAGAGCUACAACACACCCACGGCAGACGACCUGGAGCAGAACUGACCUAUGACCCGAAACCUGACCCUGACGCACCCCAACACCCCCAUGAGGAACAACCGCCGCGAGUAAAACAGCUACUUACCAACACCUUGAAACAGAACUGUGUUAUUUUGACACACUCACAUACUGUACGCACACAGCACACCGGCUGCCACCACACCAAGCAAUGCCCCUCAACCUCCCCUCUUAACAUCUUGUAUGGAACAGAGCAACCCCACCAACCAAUGCCCCUCAACCUCCCCUCUUAACAUCUUGUAUGGAACAGAGCAACCCCACCAACCAAUGCCCCUCAACCUCCCCUCUUAACAUCUUGUGUGGAACAGAGCAACCCCACCAACCAAUGCCCCUCAACCUCCCCUCUUAACAUCUUGUGUGGAACAGAGCAACCCCACCAACCAAUGCCCCUCAACCUCCCCUCUUAACAUCUUGUAUGGAACAGAGCAACCCCACCAACCCUAGAAAAUGGGUCUGUUGUUUUUCAUUUUAUUUCUGCAUUUAGUUUGAAAAGGGGAACCAAUCUUUUCUGCAAAGUUCCAGAAUAAUUUGCUGAGCCCAAAGAUCCACACACACACACGACGAGCCCGACCCUGGCCAGAAGACGAGGACAGAGCCUCCAGUCUCUGCUACAGAGAAGGACAGCUCCUCCGUGUGUCCUCGUCCAGUGAAGCACAGACACACAGACAUAACUCUUGCCUUCAGACGAAGAGGGAGAGACGCAUUUCUUUAGACAGGAAUGCCAGCAGGCUUGUUAUUUUGCUGUGAAACGGGAAGCCUUGACUGUCUCCCCUCACGCUACAGUGUGUUGACUGAGUACUACUGUACAGUAUUCGGGACUGCUUCUGGCCCCAGGUGGUCAGUCACCUGAUGGUCUUUCAAUGCGUUAACAUGAGCUUUUUUAGCCUACCGGGUUAUGUGUGUAAUUUUACGUUCAAAAUGGUUGUUCUUAUGUGUUCAAAGAGGGUGGGACCAACGGGAAGCUAGCUGUUGAGUAAAUACAAAAUGACCAUCAAACUAUUGUCACUCACCUUUGCUUCUCUUAAAGGUACAGUACGCCGGUGUAAGAAGUGUUCAUUCUCCAGGUAACCAGCAGCUGUACACAAACUCCAUAAGCAAACCGGUCAAACUGAACAGCGUUUGGCUCUGCACUAGCAAUCUUCCAGGCGGUAUAAACACUGCUCAGUAUUUUUUCAGAAAUUUUUAACCUAAGUCUGUGUUCAACUUAUUUAUUGUGACUGUCAUAUAUGCACUCUGUCACUGCUAUAAAUGCUAGCCAAGGGAAGGCAUACUGUACACAUUUCAAGUGAAGAGUUUUGUUCUCAUCUCAUGUAUUUCUUUUUAUCAAUGUAAAGAAGGGGACAUGUGUUUUUCUUCCGCUGGCCAGUUAUGUGACCUGUUUUGGUUUUGUCGUCCUGGACUGAUGUAUUCUGGGUAGCGCUCAGAAUUACAGGAAGUAACCAUGCUGAUGUCAUGUCAAGGAAGUCAAUAAAAAGAAACAACAACGGGA